CUUGAAAACACUAAUAUAGAAGAAGUAAUGGAAGCCCAACACUCUAAACUAAUCAACGAAACAAAAACCAGAUUCUUACAUAAAAAGUUGAUUGAAGGGCUCUCUCAUGAAUUAAUAUCCACUAAAAAUUGUCAAUUUGGCUCCAUAAAGGAAAUAAUUUAG